CUACCGAGAGUAAGGAAGCCGACAGGGACCUGAGCGAGGCCAAUCAGCGGCCACAAGGAAGAGUGCGGAAAGGCCCGCCCGCCUGAUCCUGCGAGUGACGUUCGGCCGCCCUGAGCGGGUGGCGUAGCCGUCCGCCAUCCUUCGUCUCGUCCGCUUGCCUGGAGGCUUCCUGCCUCGGCGCUGGCUCUGCGGCCAUUUUGAGCUUCGCUUCAACCCGCCCGCCGGCCCAGCCCUUCCGGGGUCGCUUAGCUGAGGGGCUUUUCCACGGUCAGUCUCUCCUGGCAAGUCGCCGCCGCCGCCGCCGCGGAAGGGCUCCUAUCCAUGGUGGAGAGGGCUGGAGAGGACUAGGACACCUCCAUUCCGCCAGGAUGGAUGUCGCCUCGGCCGCCGCGUCCUUUGCCUGCCGUUCCGGACUGUGGUCUGCCGCCCGCGGCCGAAGCCGCUCUCCUCUGUGGCUCUUCUGUUGGCCCGGGGAUCGGCCUGGGGCAUCAACUCCGCCACUGGGCAAGGCUGAGACUCUGUAGGCCUUUUGGAGUCCCUCCCGGCCGCCCGCCGCUGAGCUCCGCGUUCCUCCCUGAGAGACUUGCCGAGAACGCGGAGAUGGAGCCGGCAGCAGACGGAUCGCGGGAACGGGCUGCCCCGCGGGCGGACUCCCGGUUCCGGCUGCCCUUCUUCUUCCCUCGGCGCUCGCGACCAGGCACUGCCCAGUUCCCCGCACCUCCUGCCCCGGAACACUCCGGGGAUUUCAAACUGGCUUCUUGUCCCCCGCCUGAGGCUCGGCGCAGCUCGUGGAUGCAGCUGCUUUCCCAACUCUUCGCGCCGCUCCCCGGCUUGUUUCAGAAGCUGCUGAUCUGGAGCCAGCUUUUCGGUGGGAUGAGUCCGACCAGAUGGCUAGAUUUUGCUGGAGGCUACAGCGUACUGAGAGCCCUGAGGGCCCGGGAGGAACCCGACCCCCCCACGGCGCCGAAAUCUCUGAGUUCGCUGCGGCUCGACCCCUCGGCUGACGCGGCCGCCGUUCCCCUCAACUGGCUAGAGGAGGGCAUCCAUUGUCAGUGCUCGUCCCCAGAUCUAGAAUUGGAACUUAAAGCCAAGGGAGGAACUUUGGACUCCGCAGCCCACGCUUUUCUCCUAGAGCAGCAGCUGUGGGGAGUGGAGCUCCAAGCCAAUCUGUUCUCCGGCCGGGAACUUGGCCCUUCGCCCUCCGGGCCUCUCAACAUUCAGCGCUUAAGCAAUGCCAGCGUCGUCUCCUAUUUGCUGCACCCCUCCUAUCUGGACUGCCUGCCCCGGGUAGAGCUGAGCUAUCAGAGCAGCGUUGGAAGUGGCGAGCUGGUCGAUUUCCAGGCGCUGAGCCCAGAGAGCGGCUGCCUGGAUGAGGUCCCGUCUCAUCCCCAGCCGCUCAACGCGGAGAUGGCUUGCGUCUCGUUGCAGGGAUGUGCACCUCUCUCUAGAGAAGGGCUGCCCGAAAUCCACCAUCUUCGCAUGAAGCGGCUGGAAUUCCUUCAGCAGGCCAGCAAGGGCCAAGCGUUACCCACCCCUGACCAAGAUCAUGGCUACCACAGCCUGGAGGAGGAGCACAGCCUGCUCCGGAUGGAUCUGAAGCACCGCAGAGAUAGUGCAACACAGUGUGUUCCCGCUGCUGGGGCCGUUCCCGGCACCGCUCAGGAGCCCACUGAGGAGAAAAUAGAAUUGUUGACUAAAGAGGUUCCCCUUGCUUUGGAAAGACAGGGCACCUCGGAAGACUGUCUAUCUUGUGAGGUUCCUACGGAGCAGGAGCCUGGAGAGGACCAAAUAAGUGUAGUUGACUCCUCAGACAUAGACGAUGACCUUCCCAUUUCUGCCAGACCAGCCUGUAGCAACAAAUUGAUAGAUUACAUUUUGGGAGGUGCAGCCAGUGACCUGGAAACAAGUUCUGAUUCAGGUGAGGAUUGGGAUGACGACGCUGAGGAUGAUGGUUUUGAUAGCGAUAGCUCACUCUCAGAAUCAGACCUUGAACAAGACUCAGAAGGGCUCCACCUUUGGAACUCUUUCUAUAGUGUCGAUCCUUAUAAUCCCCAAAACUUCACAGCAACAAUUCAGACUGCUGCCAAAAUUCUUCCCAGAGACCCUUCUGACUCAGAGACGGAUUUGUCUGACAAGUCUAAUUUAGAAAAUCCUCCCCGGACUGCAAGCCUUCCUGAGUCUCCUGACCAUAAUUCUGGAGCAGAAGAUGACUGGGAAUCUAGUGCAGAUGAAGCAGAGAGUCUCAAACUGUGGAACUCUUUCUGUAAUUCCGAUGACCCCUACAACCUUCUAAAUUUUAAGGCUCCUUUUCAAACAUCAGGGAAAAAUUGGAAAGGCUGUCUAGACUCAGAGAGGCCGUCUGAGUCUAUUGUGGCCAUUUCUGAGUGUCACACCUUACUUUCCUGUAAGGUGAAACUGUCAGGGAGCCGAGAAAGUGAAUGUCCAGACUUGGUACAGGGUGGGGUUCUUUCUGGAGGAAGACACACACAUAUCCAGAGAAAAAAGGUAACCUUCCUUGAAGAAGUUACUGAGUAUUAUAUAAGUGGUGAUGAGGAUCGAAAAGGACCAUGGGAAGAAUUUGCACGGGAUGGAUGCAGGUUCCAGAAACGAAUUCAAGAAACAGAAGACGCUAUUGGAUACUGCUUGACAUUUGAGCACAGAGAAAAAAUGUUUAAUAGACUCCAGGAAAUGUGCUUCAAAGGACUUAAUGUUUUCGAGCAAUGUUAAGAUGAUGUGACAGCCUCUGGCCUUAGCAGACACUACCUCUUACUUGAGAGGUUUCUUUUAAAAAUAAAAAUUGGCAGCUGUCCUUUGA